AUGCGGACGAUCAAGAUUGCGACGGCCCACCUGUUUCUCCUGCUGACGGGGCCGCUGUGGCUGGUGUGUGCCAGGGUGCCGCUGUUGAUACUGUGCGCUCAAAUCCUCGGACUCUUGGUUCUGGUCACGCACAUCAGCUACUGGGCGGUCUGGAUUCUACGGCGGCAGGUGUUCGUCAAGCUGGUCAGUGGGGACGGCAAAGCUGUGCUGAUCACAGGGUGCGAUACGGGCUUCGGGCACUUGCUGGCCAAGCGGUUGGCAAAGGAGGGCUUCUAUGUAUUUGCCGGCUGUCUGUUCUCUGACGGUGCCGAUGCCAAGGAACUGAGGUCUUUGCCAAACGUACACGUUCUUCAGCUGGACGUCACCAAGGAAGGCCAGGUAGAGCUCGCCUUGGAAGAGGUCAAAAAGAGCUUGGGAUCCAGAGUUCUUUGGUCGGUGGUGGCCAAUGCUGGCGUGCCCAACCAUGGCCCCAUUGAGUGGCAGACCAUGGAUCGGAUUCGGUCCGUGUUCGACGUGAACGUCUUCGGCACCACUCUUGUCGCCAAGAGGUUCCUGCCGCUGCUUCGAGACUCAAAAGGAAGACUCGUCAUUGUCUCCAGCGGGUUAGGUCGGGUGACCUUCCAUCAAUCGACGGUGUAUUGCAUGACCAAGCACGCUGUAAUUUCACUGGCGGACGGACUACGCAGGCAGUACUACGAGCGCGGGGUCCACGUCAUCACCAUUGAGCCCGGCGCCUACAGAACGAAGAUGCUUGACACGCAUGAACUUGAAUGCAUCCUCAAAGCCGACAUGAAGAACCUUCCCGCCGAUGUACAGCGAAGCAUCACCCAGCGAAACCUGACAACGUUCACGUGUCUCGUCUCUGGCUUUCUCAAUGGCAUCGCGAGGGACGAUCCGAACGAAGUGGUCCACGAGAUGGUGCUGGCUGUGAGAGAGACUGAUCCUAAGGCCAUCUACACGGCUGGAAACCAAAUGGAAUGUCUGUUUCGCUACAUCUUCGGUGUGGUCCCCACAGAACUCACAGACGCGUGGCUCUCACUUUUAGGUAAAUUUAUGAUUUGGGGAGCAAGUUUAAAACAAAAAAGAAGUUAGCAAAAGAGGUCUUUAAUGCAAAAUACAAGAAUAAAGACAGUGUGACCUUG